AGACGCUCUCCUUUCCGCAGUGUCCUCGGACCGGUUUGCCGGAGGACCAUUUCAUCAAUAUUUAAGAAAGACCAAUAAUAAUGAAGCACUGGYUCGAUUAGACUUCUGGAACGAAGCACAGCACUACCUUGUUCCACCAGAGACUCUCGGCACCACAACGAGGUAUAGAAUGGCAAUGAUGCUCAUAGGAGCAUUUCUCAUGGCUGAUGCACCUAAAUGCGUGCCUAUGAACGCGAUGGCCAGAAAAGAGCUGAUUAAACUACUGCCAAUUGAUCAAGGAGACGCCAUCUUAUCUCAUGAAUCACGUAACGUUGUUCAGGGCCUAAUGUCACCAUGGCUGGAGUACAUACGAGCUGAAGACGACCACUUCAUCAGUUCAGUG